UGCGCGGUUCGAACCGGAGACGCCUCCGCAACCUAGAGCGAAGAGAGAGAAAUGCAGAGAAUCUCGUCGUCAGUCUUUCUCUCUCUUAAUUGUCUGGUUCGGGGGCGAGGAGCAUAAGGAAGUUGGAGGAAUUAGUAUUCUUUCACAAAUCUCUUCUGUAAGGGAUUGAAGAUAAGCUGAGGUUUCUUUUUGGAUGGAUGAGGUAUGGGAGAGGGCCGUAGAGGCCAAGCUCGAGGGGCAGGCGACGCCGUCCUCGGAACUUCGAGUGCUGAACCUAGACGGAGCCGUAAAAUCUCUCCAUGGGUGCCUCCCACCCGCCGGGCUUCUAGAGAGAUUCCCAGGCCUUGAGCAUCUCUCUAUCGCAAACGUCGGCGCAACUUCACUCGAGAGAUUUCCCCGCCUACGUAACCUUCAGAGGCUUAUCCUUUCGGAUAAUCGAAUCGCUGGUGGGCUCGAGAGUUUGGUAGAUGCUGGGUUGCAGUCGCUUCGCGAUCUUGAUCUAUCGAACAACCGGAUCCAGCACAUCGAGGACCUGGCCCCACUUGCUGCGCUUCAUCUGGUGUCCCUCGAUCUGUACGAAUGCCCGGUCACUAGGGUUAAGGAUUAUCGUUCGAAGGUGUUCGCGAUGAUCCGGACUUUGAAGUACCUGGACAAGCUUGACGCAAAUGAGAACGAACGUCCGGAGAGUGAUGAGGAGGAGGAAGAGGAGGAUGAGGAGGAGUAUGAUGAUGAUGAGGAAGAUUCUGGGAGUGGUGAGGUUGAUGGUGGGGAUCAGACUGGGAAUCUGACCAGUGGUGCUAGAAAUUCCGCUGAUGGGGAUGAGGGGAUUGUUGAUGCUGAUGAGGAUGAGGGGAGUGAUGCCGAUGAGGAGGAGAUUGAGACUAACGGGAGGAGAACAGGCAGUGGAUCAUCUGUAGGAUCUGGCCAUCACCUAUCUAAUGGAUUCAGAAUGACUGCUACUGCUGCUGCAUCUGUAGAAGGGGACGAGCAUGAUGGAGAUGAUGAUGUGGAAGAUGAGGAUGAUGAUGAUGAUGAGGAGGAGGAGGAUGAUCUGGGGGAGGAGAUUGAUGAGGAUGAAGCUGAGUAUGAAGAUGAUGCAGCUGAGAUGCACAAUAUUUUGGAGAGUGAUGAGGAAGAUGAAGAUGGCGUUGACGAAGUGGAGAUUGAUGAAGAGGAGAUUGAUGAAGAAGAUGUUGGUGAUGAUGAGGAGGUCGAUGAAGACGAUGAUGACAUGGGAGCUGGGGAUGAGGAGGAUGCUGAGCCUGCAAGUACGGGUAGGCUAGCUAGUACUGAAGGAGAAAUUGAUGGGCAUGACCAUGGUGAGGAGGAUGAAAAUGGGGAGAUUGGAGAGGAGGAUGAGCAGGGAGUAGAGGACAGGGGUGUUGAGGAGGAAGAUUAUGGUGAAAGUGAAGAUGAGGAUGAUCUGGACGGCGAGUAUCUGGUUCAGCCUAUCGCUAGAUCAAGCUGGCCUGAUUCCAGUGUUGCUAACGAAGAAGAUGAGAUUGAUUACGAAGAUGAGAACCACCGCCCAAGCCAUGGCACUCUGAAUCAGUCUUCCUCUUCUUCUGAUGCCAACAAGAGGAACAGAGAUGAACAAGGCCACCACCUUGAUAAUGAUAAAACAGAGGAACGAAGACCUUCAAAGCGACGCUGAUGAAUCGAAAGAGCAGCCAUGUAAAUUUUAUCUUUGAUGUCUGUCGUUGUUUUUCAUCCUCUCGUAUAGAUUUAUGUAAUUUCAUAAAACUUUAUAGUUUUGAAAGAAGGUUUGGGAGGGAAGGGAAGGGGAGGAUAUAGCCGUUUUCCUUCAAAUUUGAAAGUUUGUUGGUGACUAGGUCCGCACAUGUUUCCUCUAUUUGCCCGUUGGUUUCUUUUUUUCAAAUGACAGUUAUACCUGUACUUAUUUCUUGCAGCUCAAAAAUCACUCAACAGCUUAUUAUUUAUCAACGCAGCACUUGAUAAAUA